UGUUGUGUUUUGUGUGGAAACGCGUGCAGCCGCGGUGCAACAGCAACUUUACCUCAACCACAGCCCGGAUGUUGAAGUCACGGCCGAUAUUUUUGCACAGGGAUUCGAUGCAACAAUGACGUGUGAUCACUGAACCGCCAACAUGUCUCGCAGAUAUGAUUCCAGAACAACAAUAUUUUCGCCGGAAGGCCGGCUCUACCAGGUGGAGUAUGCCAUGGAGGCCAUCGGCCAUGCGGGCACCUGCCUGGGCAUCCUCGCCACCGAUGGUGUGCUGCUGGCGGCGGAGCGGCGCAACACGCACAAGCUGCUGGACGAAGUCUUCUUCUCUGAGAAGAUCUACAAGCUCAACGAGGACAUGGCGUGCAGCGUCGCAGGGAUCACGUCUGACGCCAAUGUCCUCACAAACGAACUCAGGGUAAUCGCACAAAGGUAUCUGUUUCAGUACCAAGAGCCGAUCCCUUGCGAGCAGCUGGUCACAACACUCUGCGAUAUCAAACAAGCCUACACACAGUUCGGAGGCAAGCGGCCGUUUGGCGUUUCCAUCCUCUACAUGGGCUGGGACAAGCACUACGGCUACCAGCUCUACCAGAGUGACCCCAGCGGAAACUAUGGAGGCUGGAAGGCCACCUGCAUCGGCAACAACAGCGCGGCAUCCGUGUCGAUGCUGAAGCAGGAAUACAAGGAAGGAGAUAUGACCCUCCAGUCUGCUCUGGCUCUGGCUAUCAAAGUACUCAACAAGACCAUGGACGUCAGCAAGCUCACGGCCGAAAAAGUUGAGAUCGCCACCCUGACUCGGGAGAACGGCAAAACCAAAAUCAAGGUUCUCAAGCAGAAGGAGGUGGAGGCCCUCGUCAAGAAACACGAGGAGGAGGAGGCCAAAGCCGAGAAAGAGAAGAAGGAGAAGGAACAGAAGGAGAAGGAGGGGAAGAGUAGCUAGAGAACACGUAUGCGUGCAAAUUCCCACGGUGUCGCCACUGAAGCACAGAAUGUCCUCAAAGAACCAGGCUAAUUCAGCGGCGUGCUGGGGUUGCCCCAGUAUAUAAAUGCGUUUUCUUAUUAAACAAAAAAAUCUCUGUUAUUUUCAUGAAGACCAAAUCGCUCCCAAUGUACAGCUGGUAAAGAUAUUUAUAUUGCUGUUUAUGUGAAAGAACGCAAUAUAAAAGAAAAGGGGGAUAAAAAAAACGACACUGAAACCCCACUGAAAAGUCACGAUCAAUUCCGGCACACAUUAAUCCGUUGUCGCUGCAGUAGUUGCCGUACGAAACGCCGGCAGCGGACUGGGACCGUGCCGAUGUGUGAUGCCUGCACUCAACGUGGCGGCGCAGCGUCGGGAGUGUGAUUAUGUCAACCCCGUUUGCAGGAAAUCGAUUCAAAAGCAACUGUGUCUUCACAUGAGAAAUCUAACAAUAUUGCACAAACAAGUCAAUAUUAACGAAUGAAUUUCUUGGAGUAUAACAUCGGCUCUGGGUGAUCAUUAGAAUAUCGGUGGUCACUUGGAGCGAAAUGUCCUGCGUGCCAAACAACACGCGGCACGACCCGGGAACUGACCGGCGAGCCGUGCAGCACAACCAUCCAACCUUACACAGUUGCAUUUGUGGAUUUGUGUUUUAACUUUUUGGGUCAAAUUUUGGGGGGCGGCAGUGGUGGGAGGGGGGUUGUGUGCUCGGGAGCAAGUGAAAAUAAGGAGACACACCUUUCUGAAAUGGCCAUGCCUGCCUCGUCCCAAAACGGUAGAGUUUUUUGCGCUUGUUUGACUUCGAAAUGUGUGCCCAGAUGCAGUUGGCUUUAAUUAAGGUUCAUUGUUGACUCGAUGUGUUGUCCCGUUCCAGCCAAUAAAAGUGAGAUGGUGAUAUCA